AUGACAGGCCACAGCGACGACCACACCGAUGACCACACCGAUAACCACACCGAUAACCACAACGAUGGCCGUCUACCAAGCUCUCUUGGUGGUGGUAGCCCCCAUGGUGGUGGUAGCCCCCAUGGUGGUGGUAGCCCCCAUGGUGGUGGUAGCCCCCAUGGUAGUAUGAAAGGUAUGCUUAAAAGGGCAAUGAUGAUGAUGUUACGCGAUGACGAGACCAUAUCGUUACUCAACCUACCUUAUAAUCUUCCUACCUUCAAACGGUUGAAGAAAGUGAAGAAGGAAGUUUUGUUAGAGCUUUGGGGAUCUUGUCUUUCAUUGGAUGAGUUCGAGGCCAGUCAGCGGAGCAGCCUGGCCGAGAGAGAGUCAUGCACUCGUCAGGCGGCACAACCAGAGAGUGAGCACAAUACUGUCAAUGAUCUAACAGUCGAUUUGGAUGAAGUUGCCCUACGCGUACGAGAUGGCUUAUUAGAGCACGACCCGUCUCCACUCCCCCUGGGGCCGGCGGGAGCAAUGAUCGUGUUGAUAGGUACAGAUCUUCACGCUAUGUUGGAGUUGACUUUUGACGGGGUGCAGGAGAACACUCACUGGAUUGGAACCAACCUAAACAGCAUUAGGUUGGCCCAGGUCCUAUGUGGUAGGUAUUGCGAUCAUAACUUCGAUUGUGCCCGUGUGCUUACGGCUUCUCAUGCACCCGAGCUUCUGAAGAUUGAACGCAGCUUUUUGUGGUCGCACGCCUGCGAUAGCGAAUUAUUGCUAGCUAUCACACCCAGCGAUCCCAACCCGAAUGAUUCGGGCCUGCUGAUAUUGGACAGUUCUAUCUCCUUAGACGUGGCUGUCGCUCACAUUAUUCGGAAACGAUGUUCGGAAACCCGCAUCAUUAUGAUGGUCACAGAUAGGCUGUUAGUGGAUGAAGAUGAGGGAUUCGAUAAUCACGUGUGUGGUCAGAUGUGCACAGAUAUCCUGCCCGAUAAAUUCGAGAAUGACAACGGCGAUCUUGGAAGCUUGUGGGCGUCUAUGUCCGAUGGCGAAAUAAUGGCAUGCCACUUAGCCGAUUAUGUUUAUUACGUGGACCCCCGAUCACGCUUUGAAGGUUAUUCUCUUCUCUGUCUAAAAAGCAAAACCUGCUGCCAUUCCGUAUCCAGGACAUUCAGCAUCCGUCCACAAGGAUUGGAUUAUCAUGACAAUGCACACUAG